UGAUCUCACAACAUUCAACUGGUUAUUAUGUAAACAAAGUAAUUAAUCCAGACGCGAGCUUUUUCUGCUAGAAGCCUAGUGUAGAGAGAUCUUAUACAGGGUGCUGUCGAGAUAACUACUGUACUUGAAUAUAAAGGAUGGGCGUGAGUCGCCCUCGAAAGCUAAGCGAGGGGCGAUCCCUUUUCAGCAUAGGCGGCGUGCCCACCGCUCAGUUCAUUCUACGCGCUGCUUCCUAUACGGAAUGAGAGACUCACUUCACGCUAUGGAUAGCCCACUACAGGAAACACCACACCAGCUGUCUCAAGACCAGUCUAAUAUCAACUGAUACGCACAGAAGGGAGGGGAGUGUGAGAAAGUGUGCGUGCGUGCGUGUGUGUCAAAGUGUGUGCGUGUUAGAGAGAGAGAAGGGGAAAGAGAAAGAGGAGUAAGGUUGCACCAGGUGAUCGCGUCCUAUCAAACCUCCAAGGAGCUGCCGGUAGAAUCAGUUUGCACUGGACAAAUCAGAGUUCGGACCAGACCAUGGUGGUGUCAGCCCGCUGUUCGGGCCCAUGUGCCAUGCUGGCGCUUAGCCUCCUCAUGGGAUACGGCGUGGUUUUCUGCGUCGCCGGCCAGAACGACACGGAGCCAAUUGUACUGGAGGGGAAAUGUCUGGUGGUCUGCGACUCCAACCCGUCCUCGGACGGCGGAGUGACUUCUUCGCUUGGGAUAUCGGUUCGGUCUGCGGGCGCCAAGGUGGCAUUUUCUGCCGUGCGCGGGACGAAUCACGAACCCUCCGAUAUGAGCAACACGUCCAUGACCAUCUACUUUGACCAGGCGUUAGUGAACAUUGGCAACCAUUUCGACCUGAAAGCAAGUGUUUUCCAGGCGCCAAGGAGGGGAAUCUACAGCUUCGGCUUUCAUGUGGUCAAGGUUUACAACAGACAAACCAUACAGGUCAACCUGAUGCAGAAUGACUACCCCGUCAUAUCAGCUUUCGCGGGUGACCAGGAUGUCACACGUGAAGCGGCGAGCAACGGCGUUUUACUGCAGCUGGAGCGCGAGGACCGGGUGUAUCUGAAGCUGGAACGAGGCACACUCAUGGGUGGAUGGAAAUAUUCCACGUUCUCCGGUUUCCUAGUCUUUCCACUAUAAUUUAAUUUGCGAUCUCGGAAAUCGCAAACGUGACUCCUCCAGGUCUGAGGAAUGCUAAAGACAAACAUUACUAUUUUAUUUGAACCAAACUGUCGACGGAGGAAGAAGACAGACACAUAUGUGUCCACACACGUUACGGUAUCUAUUUAAAUCAAACAUGAACGUUUCCUUGGAGUUCAUACAUCUAAAUCCAUCGACCAAACCCCAAUCUGGAAGGAUAAUCGAAUCGAUCGACCCGUGAUGUAUACCACUUGUCGAUUAUUUGGAUUUUAUCACUUGGGAAUCAAUUAACUUUUGUCAACCGACAGUAAAGUCAGUGCAUCUCUGUGUACCUAGACUACUGAACAGAUGAGAAGAUUAAAUGAAUCAAAGAAAGAAUCAAAGUCCCGACCUAUGUGUAUUUACCAAUGCUCUAUUUUGUGUUUGUAUAGCCUUAAAGAAUUAUGUUUUCCGUCAAGUGAGUUGUAUGGAAUUAUUAUGGACGUACAAGAGAAGAGCCCAAAGCAUUUUUUUGCACGAAUGGAUGAUUUUUUUGUUUGUUCUGUGCUGUCCAUGGUGUUCCGUUUGUAUGCUGAAUAUUUUGAAAAAAAAAGUGUAGGCCGCCUAACUAUCCAGAGAUUAUAUAAAAAGAAAAAAGGCGACAUAUUUCAGCCAAUGGAGACAUCUAUAGAAACUCUUUUACAAAAAAACAAACAAAAAACUUUAUCUAAUUUAUAAAAAAACAUAUUCACAUUAUGGUGUGUUCUACAUUUCGGAUCUGCGUAGCUUUGACUGAUUUAGUGUCCAGUGACGUUGCUCACAAAUGUACAUUGUGAAAAUAACAACAGAAAAACUCCCUAUAUAUGAUGUCCCGCCUAAUAAAAAAAUAUUGUAUUGUAGGCUAUA